AUGUUUGAGCCUGCUGGACCACCGUGGGACGGGUUCUAUUCCCCGAUGACACCGACGGUGCCGGUACACGGCGGUAGGCUAGAAGGCCGCCGUCCACCGUCUCACCCAUUACCGGCUAAGCGGCCGUUACCUCCGUGCCAGGAAACAUCUACGCCGGCGUCGGCCGUGCGGCGGAGGAAACCUGCCAAGGUGAGCCGAGCAUGCGAUCUCUGCAAAGCGCGCAAAUCCAAGUGUGAUGGCAUGAUCCCCUGCGACAAGUGUGUCGCCAAGGGGCACGUAUGUCUUUACGAUGCCAAGUAUUCUCGGGGUAGACCCCCAACCCCCCCGCCAUCCACCACAGCCAUGAUAUAUGCGACGCCGGCCUACCCCGUGCAUCGCGAGGAGCAAAGGAAUACCCCUCCGACUCGGAGGAGCAAGUCCUCAGACAUAAUACCUCCACCACACACGAGCGAGGGCUCGUUUCACCUGCAGCCUCCUCCCUCCGCCGUCGCCGCUGAUACGUCCGCUGUAUCGUUACCCGUGCUUGCUUCCAACACUACGUCUACGACCAUGACGUCCAUUGAACACGGACAGGCACCCGACCAAGACGAACAGUCAGACGAAACAGCAGCCCCGAAGCCUCGCGGUGAAAGGAACACAUCAUCUCGACAGUCUCCGGAUCUAGGCACGGAAGAGAUACAAGGUCAAGUCUUCGAUCCCACCUCGACAGUCACUUUUCUCCAUCGCGCCUGGAAACGUCUCUCCAAACAAAAGGGCCGUGAGAAGGAUAAUGCAGACCAAGGCCCACUUUCCCCGCUCGAUCAGACCCCCGGGCACCAGCCGUGGAUGUUUGCCGGUGAUAAGCCACUCAGCACAAGCGCCAACACGACUGAAUUUCAGUCCGAGCGUAAUCCCGACUUAGGCAAUAUCGUCCUGCCUGAUCACUCGUAUACGCGGGAGCUAGUGCAGCUCUAUUUUGACGUUUGCAUCGCUACCUACCGCUUCCUACACAGAGGAACAACCGAGGCAUGGCUAGACACCCUCGAGGCUAACCUCCACGAGGGUAAACCCAUAUGGAACAACAUCGGAAAGUCUCGCGCUGCUAUCGUCCUCGUCGUCCUCGCCAUCUCUGCGACCCAUCUGGAAAAGCUGCGUCGGCCAAUAGCCGCCACCGCCACCAAUACCCCCUCUCACUACCUGUCACGUAAUAACAAUAAUACGACAACCAACCCGGAGGCUCACCCCGAUGAGCUCUUCGGCAUGGCAAUGCGUCUCGUCGACACCGAAACCGGCAUCCCACGUCUCGAGCUCGCGCAAGCCCACCUCAUCCUGGUGCUCUACCUCCUCACCACGUCGAGAAUGAACCGCGCGUGGUACGUCUUCGGAAACCUAACCCAGAUCGUCGGCGUCCUCGGGCUGCAUAGGCGCGGUGGCCGGAACCGCCGCGUGGCAGCCGCGAAGGCUGACUAUAUCCAAUCGCAGUGCGCUAUUCGGCUUUUCUGGGCGGCGUACAUUAUCGACGGCCACCUCAGCGUCAUAUUCGGUAGGCCGCGACACUACCACGAUGACGAUAUCGACCAGGAGUUUCCCGCGAGCAUCAACGACGAGUACAUGACUACCAAGGGUCCUAUUGAUGCAAGGGAUGAAUUUGGCGAGGGGGCGGCAGACAGUCUUAUCGAAGCUCUCGUAUAUCAUGCAAAAGUCGCCCAAAUCAUUGGCCAAAUCUCAAAGCAAGUCUACUCCAUCAAACCCAUCUCCGAACAGGAACGUAUCGACGCCUCCCUCCGCCUCAGCGAGAAGCUGCACGCCUGGCAAGCCAGUCUCCCCGCGCAUCUCGGCACCGUGCGUCUUUCAAGCCUGAUCCCGAGCCUUCGCCGCCAGGCCACCGUGCUACGGCUCGCGUAUUCGCACGCCAUCAUGCACGCAAACCGGCUGUUUCUGCUCGGUGACCCCACGGCCAGCAAUCGAGGCCCCGUCGCCGAGUGCAUAAAUGCCGCGAGGGUGGUGUUCGAGAUAGUCGACGGGAUGGCCAAGGACGGUCCGAUUUUCCACGCCUUCUGGUGGACGCAUUACAUCACCUUUUGCGCCCUGCUGGUCACCUACGUCUGGGAGAUUCAGCAUAAGAGGAAGCGGUUGUCCCUAGGUGACAUAGCGGACCACAGGCGGCUGAUCGAAUUGGCCGGUCGGUGUCACCGGCACCUCGCCAACGCUACGGCCACCAACUCGCCCAGCCGGAGGUACGCCGUCAUUCUAGCCGAGUUUCGUCGUGAAGCCAUGGGUACCCUUUCUAGGGCAACCUCUCCACGACCCGCGGCCACGACCGUGCACGAAAACGGGAUGGGAAGUGGUUAUGGCCACGGAGGCGGCUCAACGCCUCGAUCGUCCUCCAUUAUCAUUGACCCUCGGCUACAAGAAGACCCAGGGAUCGCAGGGCACGGGCAAGGGCCGACCUAUCCCGCGUCCACAUUCGACGGGCCUGAAACUGGCGCGGAAAUAGCGGGUCCGGAUUAUAUGCUACAAGCCGCCCUGGCGGACACAACGUCAUCUUUUCAACCAGGACCGACCGUCUUGGACGAAUGGCAGGCUACGGACUGGCUUGAGUUCGACUCGUCGGCAUUCGGACCUAUCUUCGAAUCUUGCAACGAUACGCCGCCUGGGGUAUAA